GGUAGUGCGCUCGGCGUGAGGCCAGCGGCCGCUCCGCUCCCUGCUGCUCCCCCGGCCGGGCCCGCAGGGGAGACUGACACUGACCAGGCGGCUCCGUCCCGGCGGCAGCCCCCGCGCCCCGCUCCGCCUCCGGUGUAGGUAUCGCUUGCUGACAGGACAAAUCCACUCCUGCUUGCUCUGAUUUUAACUGGGAGGCUUGAAUGGUGCUGCUGUGGGAUCAGUAGUGGGACAAGAUAAGCAGCUUCUGAGGCCUGCCGGACCCGCUGAAGGGAGCACCUGCAUUUGAGGUUGCAGAGGUGCUGAAGCAUGGCUGACCUGGAUCACAGCCUCAGUCUUGCAGACGCUCUGACAGAGCCGCCCCCCGAGAUUGAGGAAGAAGUGAAAAGGGACUUCAUUGCCACUCUGGAGGCAGAGAAAUUUGAUGAUGUGGUUGGAGAAACGGUAGAUAAAACAGACUAUGUUCCUCUGCUGGAUGAUGAGGAUGAGGAUACAAAAGCUGGGAGCCAGGAAGCAAAAGGCAAAGCCCAUGCAGACGGUAUUCAGGUGGAACAUACUUCAGCUUCUGGGCCAACAGUCAUAGAAAAUGGUGACCAUGGAAUAGAAGAUCACCGCACAGUGUUCCCAGGAGAGAUCAUGGAUGAGAAGCUCUCUUACAAAGAGUUCCUGGACCGCCACGACUCCUGGACGAUGGACGACAGGGACCUGUGCUUUGAGUCCCAGCCUGCCUUCCAGCCCGCCGAGAUGGCCGACCCCUUCAGCAUGCACAGAGGGGAGAACCUGCCUGAUUUGUCCUUUCCUACUGACAUGAAGAAGAUGCCCAUGUUCACAGACCACGUUGAUGCUUCCAGAGAUGUCCACACACCACAUGGACCUAUGGUGGUACCUGAGCAACCUUUCCUGGGGCCCCUGUAUUCUCCUGCAGAGGCUUUAGACCCUUCAGCCUUCGUUGGCCUGGAUUCAACUGCAGAAUUUCUGCAGGACAGAGCAGUGCCUGAAGAACAUUGGAUGGGAGCUCAGCAUGACAUGAAGGGACCAGAUGCCUCUUUCUUCGUUGAGCCACCAGUGCCCCCACCAGUGACUGAAGCAACCAAGCCAAGUUUCCCAGAAAGCCCUGUGGCAGUGGCUCCUGCUUUUGUCCCUCCAGCAGUGACAGUGUCCCCAGGAGAGCCUGCAGCUGCUGAUGGACCAAAAGCAUCAGCUGCAGCCUGUGUCCCCGACUCGGAUGUCGCCUCCAUCUCUGCCAGCCAAGCGGGGGACAGCAAGCCUUCUCCAUGCCUGGAUGCCAGACCUGCAGCAGGAUCCAACCCUUUUCAGGCAGUGGGUGCUGGCAUUGCUCCUCCAUCAGAAGCCAAGGCUCCUCCUGCUGUCCAGGCAGCAACCUCCCCAGAGCCAGAUGCUGGCUUCACCCCAGCAGCAGAUGCUGCACCCCAUUCUGCUGCAGAUUUGGGCUUUGCCCCAGCAGCAGAUGUGGGAUCUCACCACGGUAUGGAUUUGGGAUUUGCCCCAGGAUCAGAUGUGAGAUCUCACCAGGAUAUAGACUUGGGGUUUGCCCCAGCAGCAGGUGUGGGAUCUCACCAUGGUAUGGAUUUGGGGUUUGCCCCAGCAGAAGAUGCAAGGUUUGGCCCAGCAGCAGAUGUGGCAUCUCACUAUGGUAUGGAUUUGGGGUUUGCCCCAGGAUCAGAUGUGGAAUCUCAUCGUGGUAUGGAUUUGGGGUUUGCCCCAGCAGAAGAUGAGAGGUUUGGCCCAGCAGCAGAUGUGGAAUCUCACCAUGGUAUGGACUUGGGAUUUGCCCCAGGAUCAGAUGUGGAGUCUCAGCAGGGUAUGGAUUUGGAGUUUGCCCCAGCAGCAGAUACUAAAUCUCACCAUGCUGUGGAUUCUGAGCUGGCCUCUGCAGCAGAAGUCAACCAUCGCCAUGCUCUAGAUUCUGGGGUUUCUCCUGUAGCAGAAGCCAAACCUCUUCCUGCCAUGGAUUCUGGGUUUGCCCCUGCAGAAGCCAAGUCUCCCUCUGCAGCUGACACCAGAUUGGCUGCAUCUGAGAAGCUGAUGACAUCUGAGUCUUCUGUUGAGCAAAAGAAGUCACCCUUGGGCAAGCCUCCUGCAGAGUCAACUGCAAAUGUGGAACAGGAACACAAAGCCCCAGAAGCUUCUGUUGAUCUAUUAGAGAAAGCUAAAGACAGCAAACCACCUCCUAGCCACCCUGAGGAGCAUCUUCCAGAGCAGACCAACCAUCUCUCAGAACCAGCAGCUCCAGCAGAAGCAAAAGAAGCUGCUGCAGUAGAAAACAAAGGGCCCCCUGCAGAAAAACCUGCUCCUGCUGUGGAUGUCCCUGCUGCAGAGCCACAGAAGGCAGAGGCUGGACACAACCACAUCCCACACGAAGAACCUCAGCAGGAGAAACACCUGCAGGAGCCCACAGGAAAACCAGAAGAGACCAAACCAGCUGAAGCCGUGACUGGGAAUGACAUCACAGCACCUCCCAACAAAGAGCUUCCUCCCAGCCCUGAGAAGAAGACCAAGCCUGCCACGUCCACAUCCUCCACCAAGCCUGCUGCAGCGAAAGCCAAGCCCCUGGCAGCCACCACCACAAAGCGGCCAAGCUCUGCCGCGCCUGCCCCCCACAAAAAACCCUCCAGCCCUUCUGCCGGCCCUCCAGCGGCCACCGCUGCCAAACGCCCGGCCACCGGCGCUGCUCGGCCCUCCACCCUAGCUCCAAAAGAGUCCAAACCAAAGGUUGCAGACACCAAGACCACAGAGAAGCGGACCUCACUUUCCAAGCCUUCAUCAUCUCCCACUCCUCGACCCACUGCCAGGAGCGCCCCUGCUACUCCCCGGACAACGGCGGCGUCGCCGGUCACCGCGGCUGCGGGCGCCAAGAGCACCACUGCUUCUCCUCCCAAGAGGCCCACCUCUAUCAAGACCGAUGGGAAGACCACAGAUGCCAAGAAGACCUCUGCAAAGUCACCAUCAGCAGACCUGAGCCGCCCUAAGAGUGCUACUGGGAACGCAGCCAAAAGCAGUGCCACCACUCCUUCCACCACCUCCUCCAGCGCACCCCCUCUGCCUGCUGUAGCCACCAGCCGCCCCAAACCCAAGCCUGCUGCCACCAAACCCACCACAACCUCAACAGCAGCAGAUGCUAAGAAACCACCUGCUAAGGCUGCAGCUAAGCCCAGCACCGUGUCCAAGCCUCGUCCCACCAGCAGCGUUUCUGCUCCAGACCUGAAGAACGUCCGCUCCAAGGUCGGAUCCACAGAUAACAUCAAGCAUCAGCCUGGUGGAGGCAAGGGGAAGGUAGAGAAAAGCCCAGACUCAGCCGCUGCUGCGCAGAGACCUGAACCCCAGGGGCUCCCCAAAACGCCCACCACUAAAGAGGGGUCCCCCAGACAGCCCAAUGGGAAAGUCCAGAUAGUCUCCAAAAAAGCGAACUACAGCCAUGUUCAGUCCAAGUGUGGUUCCAAGGACAAUAUUAAGCAUGUCCCUGGAGGUGGGAAUGUGCAGAUCCAGAACAAGAAGGUCGACCUUUCCAAAGUGUCCUCCAAGUGUGGCUCUAAAGCAAACAUCAAGCAUAAGCCAGGGGGAGGAGAUGUCAAAAUUGAGAACCAGAAGCUGAACUUCAAGGAGAAGGCCCAAGCCAAAGUGGGCUCUCUGGACAGCGUGGGACACUCGCCAGCAGGAGGCACCCUGAAGGCUGAGGGGACCGCGGAGCCCGGGCAGGUGCCCCCAGCCUCGCAGAACGGCGAGGUGCCCGCGCCCGGCGCCGCCCCGCGGGAGAACGGCGUGGGGGUGGCCCCCGGCCUGGCUGGCGGUGACCAAAGGGAAAUCCAGAGCUUCGAGACUCAGAUCCAAGAGACAAGCAUCUAAUGAUGACAUUCUGAUUGACCCUCACCAGCUGAGGUUCCGUGAGAAGACCAAGGCUGGGCCAGACCACGGAGCGGAACUCGGCGUCUCCAACCCCCCCAACCCUUCCCAACAGCACUUCCCAAGGCGUAGCACAUCCGGCAGUGACCGCCCGGCCUCGGCCGCCUCCUCCUCACCGCUGCAGCAGCCAGGCCCCCCUGGCAGUGCUUCCUCAGCAAGGCUUGUGCCCCCCAGCCCCAGCUGCCACCUACUCCCCUCCCAGUAACGCAGCUUGGCUCUGGUAACCCACCGGUGGCUUCGGAUGGGGGGAGGACAGCGUUCAGCAGGGCCAGCGUCCCUCCUGCCCAGACCCAUGUCCCUCCUGCUCAGGUCAGCAUCCCUCCUGCUUGGGCCAGCAUCCCUCCUGCCCAGACCCAUGUCCCUCCUGCCCAGGUCAGCAUCCCUUCUGCCUGGGCCAGCAUCCCUCCUGCCCAGACUCAUGUCCCUCCUGCCCAGGUCAGCAUCCCUCCUGCCUGGGCCAGCAUCCCUCCUGCCCAGACCCAUGUCCCUCCUACCUUGGCCAGUGUACCUCCUACCUUGGCCAAUGGCCCUCCCGCCCUGGCCCAUGUCCUGCUGCCCACACUGGCUCCUCCAAGCACCCUGGGGGCUCCUGGCGGGUCCUUCUUGGCUGGAAAGGGAUUUCCCUCCCUGCCUCCCCCCACCAUUCCCUUUGGCUCCUCCCUUGUGCUUUUUAGGACGUUUCCAGGUUGAGUGUGGGCGUCGGGACAGGGGUGGGUGGUGGUGGCCAGGCCGUGUCCCACUUCUGGAAGGAGCUCCAAGGUUUGAGCCCUGAGCUUCCUUCUCUCUGGUUUUACUUCAACCCCAACUUCCUUGUGCUGGGCCCCGUUGGAUGCUCUCCGCUGGCCGCCCCUCAGGCCUGUUUUAGCUGUCCUGACUCUGGGCUGGGGUGGUGCUGGUGCCCUCUCCUGCGGCCCUGUCCCCUGCUCCCCACCGCAGGCUAUGCGUAGAGGCCGCAGUGCUGCUCCCUGCUGCCAUACCCAGCAGCGUGGAGGGUUCUGGCCUUGGCCUUGGCCUUGGAGGCUUUGCUCUUUGGGUUUUGUUUUUUUGGGUUUUGGUUUUUUUUUUUUUCUCUCUUUUUUUAACUAUUUUAAACGUCUGGAGCCAGCUCCUGGCUGAAAGGGAAAGGCACUGGGAUGUGGGGG